AUGUCGAAGUCUCAGUUCACACUCUACUCCACCGUCGUUGGGCCCAAUGUGGGUUGUUCUAUGGAUGCGAAUGCAACGGUCGAAGAGAAACUGACACAGAAGCAAUUAGAGGAGCAGAAGGCCCCAGAGUUCACGAAAUUGAACCCUAAUGGGCGAAUUCCCGCUAUUAUUGAUCAUAGCAAUAAUGAUUUUGUUCUUUGGGAAUCCAACGCCAUCAUUGAAUACAUUUUGGCCAAGUAUGACACGGAGCACAAGCUCUCUUACUCCGACUUUAACAGCCAACAAUACCUGCGCCAAUGGCUCUACUUUCAGGCAUCUGGACAAGGCCCGUAUUAUGGGCAAGCGGUCUGGUUUAUCAAGGUGCAAGGCGGAAAGCCCGAAGAAUGUGUCGAAAGAUACCAGGCCGAGACGAGAAGAGUGCUCCAAGUCCUAAAUGGUGUGCUAGCCGAGCGUGAGUGGCUGGUUGGUGACCACAUCUCAGCUGCAGACGUUGCUUUUCUACAGUGGAACACAAGCGCAGACAGGAUCAUCCUGGGCCCAGAGUAUAUAGAUAAGGAGGCUCCUCAUGUGAGACGGUGGAUGAAUGCUAUGAUAGCCCGUCCUGGAAUCAAGAAGGUCUUGGAUGAGCGGGUUCAGAAGCUUUCUGGCUAG